CCACCACACUCACUCGCGCACGUGAGCCCGUGGCAGCCGGCCGCGCACAGCACCGCAGUGUAGAGCCGCCGUACGGAGCCGGGUACCCGUGUCGCCCGCGAGUCGCCCGCGAGUCGCCCACCGCGGGUGCGUCCCUGGACCUCGCCCCCGCCAGCCCCUUGCCUGCCCCCGCCCCUCAGCAGCGCCAGAGUCAUGCCCAACACAUGUCGGGCUCCGACUUGAUCCGCGCCGGAUCUGCCGUCGCCUAACGCUGUGGUUUCGCAGUGCGGGUGCCGCGUGAGAGCGUGCGGGUGCGCCAAGUGACUCGAAGUCGUUAUGUCCUCGUGGAUCGACAGCUGACUGACGGCAGUACAACAGUGCAAAGUGUGUGUGCGCCCCGUGAGAGCCGGUGAUUGUGUCGUGAUCGUCCUCCCGAGUGCAGCACCGCCCCGCCAACAUGAAGAAGGUGGACAACGACUUGGAGGAGCUCAUGGGCUUCAUGGGCCCGUUCGGACGCUACCAGAUGUUCCAGUUCGUGCUGCUGGCCCUCGCCUCCGUCAACGCCGGCGUGCACAUGCUGUCCCUCGUGACGGUGGCGGCCGUGCCCGAGCACAGAUGCUUCGUGCCGGAGGUGGACGAGCUGGUCAACGGCUCGGUGCGCGCGGCUGCCUGGAACCACAGCGACGUGGUGAGCCGGCGGCCGGUGCGGCCCGACGGCUCCCUGGACGCGUGCCACCUCCUGGACGCCGCCAACGGUUCGGCGUGGAUGCCGUGCGAGCGCUGGGUGUUCGACGACACGCACUACCUGUCCAGCAGGGCCAUCGAGUGGGAGAUGGUGUGCGACCGGCGCUGGAUGGAGGCGCUGGCCAAGAGCGUGUACAUGUCGGGCCUGCUCGUGGGCGCCGUGCUGCUCGGCAACCAGGCGGACCGGUUCGGCCGCAAGCCCGUGUUCAUGGCGGCGGCCGUGCUGCAGCUCGUCGUCGGGACGGUGGUGGCCUUUGUGCCGGACUUCUGGAGCUUCCUCGCCCUCCGCUUCCUGUACGGCGUGGGCACCGUGGGGACGCUGUCGUCGUCCUUCGUGCUCAUCAUGGAAAUGGUGGGACCAUCGUACCGUACGGGUUGCGGCAUGGCCUUCCAGAGCUCCUUCAGCGUGGGCAUCGUGCUGGUCGCGCUGUGGGGCUACCUGAUUCCCGACCGACAGCUUCUGCAGGCCCUGUACGGGCUGCAUAGCUUGCUGCUGCUGCCACAGUGGUGGCUCGUGGACGAGUCGGCCCGGUGGCUGUGGUCGCAGGGGCGCUCCAGGGACGCCGUCCGCGUCGUCACGAGGGCCUCGCGGAUGAACUACGGCGACAAGUACAAGUCCGACAUCGCCAACUUCCUGCGCAAGGACUCGGCGACGGCCGACGCCACGGCCGACGUGGUCGAGGACGAGGCGCCGGCGCCGCAGAUGUCCAUCAAGGACCUCUUCAAGACCCCCAACAUGUGCAGGCGCAUGUUCAACGUCAGCCUCAACUGGUUCGCCAACAGUCUGGUGUACUACGGGCUGUCGCUCAACACGGGCGGGCUGGCCGGCAACCCCUUCCUCAUCCUGGCCAUCGCCGGCGUGGUGGACGUGCCCAGCUACAUCCUCACCGGCAUCCUCAUGAACCUGUGGGGCCGGCGCUCCCUCAUCAGCACGCUCAUGAUCCUGGGCGGGCUGGCCUGCAUCACCGCCGCCUACCUCUCCUCGGGCGACGACCCCGUCGCCGGCUCGGCCGCCACCGCCAUCGUCAUGAUCGGCAAGUUCUUCAUCGCCGGCUCGUUCGCCAUCAUCUACAACUACUCGACGGAGCUGUUCCCCACCGCCGUGCGCAACACGGCCCUGGGCGCGUCCAGCAUGUGCGCGCGCAUCAGCGGCGCCCUGUGCCCCUUCAUCUCCCUGCUGGACUCCCUGAACAAGGCGCUGCCGUCCACCAUCUUCGGCUGCGUGGCCAUCACGUCGGGGCUGCUGUCGCUGUUCCUGCCCGAGACGCUGGGCCGGCCGCUGCCGCAGACCAUGGAGGAGGGCGAGCACUUCGGCGACGGCGACACGGCCUUCUCGGGCUGCCUGGGCCGCCGCCGCCCCGCCUCCAGGGCCGCGUCCGAGCGGGGCCGGCGCGGCGACUCCCCGACGCACCAGUCCCUGCGGCAGGACAGCCACGAAAUGUCCUGAGGAUGCCGUGUGUCCCAAUAAGACGCCGCGAGGCGCUGGAUCCUCCACAAACCGUGUCGGUGUUUCGGAUGGAAUGUUUAAGCAUUAUUCAGUGCGCGUGUGCGGCCAUUGUCGAUUGUUAAGGACUCGAUGUGCCCCGUGUGCAAUAUGACCCACGACGUGAUUGUCUUUCGAAUCCUCCGUGGAGGAGACGCUUAAGCCGCCGGUUUGUUGAACCAUCCCGCGUAACGGUUGGAGACAGAAGCUCCUGGUGCGUAGGCAACCCAUUUGUCACCCGGCGCUAGAGAGGCAAUACUCCCGCCCGCCAAGGGGGAAGUCCUCCGCGAGUGGUUCUUCACUCAAAGUUCCCAGUCACUGCCAUUUGAGAUGCCGCCUCUAGGUUAUAUGCUGCUUUUGCAAUACUCGUUGUGAACAAUGAAACCCAAUGAACUGAGAGGCCACAAACCGCGUGGAGCCGUUGUACCUGUGCUUAGCUUAAUGUUCGUGGAGUAGACGUGACGCAAUACCGGAUGAGUGUAAAAGACUACUUCUUCAUGAGACCAAUUAACUGACAGCAAACGUUUUUUCGUACUUAUUAUUUAUCCGGAAAUACUCUGAUAUGGAUCUGUUGUAAUGAUGAAAGUGAUGUGUCUUUUUGGUUUGUCGCCUUGCCUUAUAGCUCAUGUUUGAAUGAUCUCUCGACCCUAUAUUGCCAUGUGUUGUUCAUUUGUAGUUAAGAAAUAGUACGUGUUGUCAAGGUUGUGAUUAAGAAGGUAAUAUUUUUUCAGUCCCUCAAUGGGCUUGCGUUUCUUACCAAUAACAAUUGAAAUAUGCACCUAGUGCGAGAUGGGAUAUCGAAAGGAUGUCGAAAAAAGAUGCUGCAAAGGCAGGAUCACCGUCGUAACAAUAUCGCUUCGACAUCGUUUUGACAGUCAUUUCUCACUGGGCAAAGGAGUGUACCUGUUUUGAAUUUUAUACUUGUACUGGAAAUGUUAAUGUUUACAUCUAGGGACCCAAAAGUUAAAUUUUAUAUAUGAAUUUUGAAGAGCUGACUGAGGUAUACAACCUUCUUUGAUGUUCAUUGUUUGACUAAUAUGACGGAUUGUAUCUGUCAUGUUAUUUAUUUUUUAAAACGUAGAAAACAUUAAAAGAAAGAGUUCAAAAUUACAA